GGGUGCUGGGCGUGUACAGUGGAUUUAGCCUGUAUGUAUCCUCACAUAGAGGCUGAUUUCCGACAACUGAGACUCUUUGGAUACCAGGCGCAACGCUUCUCCUGGAGAGAUGUUGGAAUCCAACAAGUCUUUGCGUGAGAGCAAUGUCACCAAAAGUGGCAGCUGUGGAUCCGUGUCAGUUGUUUUCCCCAUUACUAUGAUGGUAACAGGAAUGGUGGGCAAUUCUCUCGCUCUUAUGCUGGUAUAUAGCUCGUACAGAAAAAAAGAAAAUAACAGGAAAAAGUCUUUCCUACUCUGCAUAGGGUCGCUGGCAUUGACAGAUCUGUUUGGACAGCUUCUCACCAGCCCUAUAGUUAUAUCGGUUUACAGAGCCGAUUUGAAAUGGGACCGCAUAGACUCAUCGGGGAGUCUGUGUGCUUUCUUUGGAGUGUGUAUGACAACUUUUGGCUUGUGUUCUCUAUUCUUUGCCAGCGCAAUGGCAAUUGAGAGGGCAUUGGCGAUUACAAGUCCUCAUUGGUACUCCAAUCACAUGAAGACAAGUGUGACAAAGCAAAUUCUGGCAGUUAUAUUGUGUCUUGUUCUUUUUUUCUCGCUGUUGCCAGUCGCAGGAGUUGGGCACUAUACGCUGCAAUGGCCAGGCACUUGGUGCUUCAUAAGCACUGGAGACAGAGAGGUCCCGGGCAACAUGUUUUUCUCCAUCACUUUCGCUGUUCUUGGGAUAUUCUCACUUCUUGUGACUUUCUCCUGCAACGUCGUCACAAUUCGUGGAUUAGUUAUUCGUUGCAAAACGAAAUCGGGCACAUCUCACUCAUCCAAGCAGUGGGAACGAUUAACCACGGAGACAGUCAUUCAACUAUUGGGAAUCAUGUGUGUACUGAUUAUAUGCUGGGUUCCUUUACUGGUGCUGAUGUUAAGAAUGAUCUCGACACAGACGUCGUCACAUCACUGCAAACCGGCAGAAGUGUCUUUCACUCCUAGUCAAGACAUCCAGGUGGACUGUAACUUCUUUCUCACCGCCAUUCGCCUGGCCUCUCUGAACCAGAUCCUGGACCCUUGGGUUUACCUGCUUCUAAGGGAGAUUAUACUGCGCAAGUUCUGCCAGGUGGCCAAUGCUGUGUCCAACUGCUCCAUAGACGGACAAAAGGAGACUCAGACGGCCCUGGAUGUUCUCAACAAGCAGCCUUCUGACACUAACGGUCUGUAGAAACAGUAAAUGUACCCGAUCACAAUUUUAUUUUACUCUAUCACCCACAGUCCAAAAACAGUUAUUGUGCAAUAAUGUUGUGCCACUAAUGACAUAAAUUACUUUGUUAGUGUGUUAAUGGACCUGGCAAUGCUCUACAUGUGCACUCAUUUUUGUUUGGUUGCAUAUAUUCUAGUGAGGCUCACAAAACCAGAAUGUGAAAAUGUGACCUCUGCAACCUUCACUUUGGACUGUUAAAGCCAAUGAGUUCCAGGGGGAUUUUUUUUACAUGGUUGCUCAAUAAACAUUACAGACCUACCAAACACAGACAUUCUCAAUCAGAAGAUACCAUUUUGUUUUUCAACCAUCAUGUUAAAACAACAGAUGACAACUGUUAAUGGAAUAUAGUUUUUGACUUUCUGGAAUCACAUUUGCAUUUCAUGUAACAAAGUUGAUGUUAAAUGUAAUGAUGGCUGGAAUGUGUGACAUUUUUAAUUCAAAUCAGUCUUCAAUUUGUCAUGUGUAAUAGACUAGAUUUGUAACCAAAAAAAAUAAAGGGGAACCUCUGAAGUGCAAGGCAAGUGAACUCGAAACUGGAAUAGAUUACACAGUAUUAUAUAUGCUAAUUGAAGAAGAUUGCAAAAUGUAUUGAUAUAUGGAAAAGUCAUUGAUAUUUGUUGUUUCUGUGUUGAACACUGAAAUGUGUGUUUAACUCUGAAUGUGCUGAAGAUGCUACCUAUUGGGGAUAUGCUGUCAUAUGUUCAGGGGGGUCCACAAUUAUUGGCACCCUUGAUAAAAAAAUGAGCCAAAAAAAUGUAUAAAAUAAAUAGAAUUUAUAUAUUAUAUGCAAAACAAAUAGGAAAUGUAUAUUAUUUUAUGCUAAUAUAAUUGCUCUGAUAAAGAUUUUGUUUAACUCCUGAGUGGCACAGCGGUCUAAGGCACUGCAUCUCAACGCUAGAGGCGUUACUACACUAGCCUGGUUGGAAACCAGUAUCACAACUGGCCAUGAUUGGGAGUCCCAUAGGGCGGCGCACAAUUGGCCCAGCGUUGUCCGGGUUUGGCCAGUGUAUGCCAUCAUUGUAAAUAAGAAUUGGUUCUUAACUGACUUGCCUAGUUAGAGAAAGGUUAAAUACAAUUAAAAUAAAUAAUAAUAAUUACAACUCUAAAAUAUAGGUGUAAAAAUUGCCACCUCUGUUUGCAGUAGGCCUACUCCAGUACCCUUGAGAGGAUAACGACACUGUUGAUGCAAUAUAAUUUUUGACCUAAUGGGAUUACAUUUGCAUUUGAUAUAACAAAGUUCAUGUUAAAUGUAAUGAUGGCUGGAAUCUGUGGCAUGUUUAAUUCAAAUAGUUCUUAACUUUUUUUCUAAACUGUUUAAAAACCUCUACAAGAUUGGUGUCCUACCCGCGGGGCGGUUGAGCUAGCAUAGGCUAAUGUGAUUAGGUUGUAAGUAACAAGACAAUUUCCCAGGACAUAGACAUAUCUGAUAUGGGCAGAAAGCUUAAAUUAUUGGUAAUCUAACUGCACUGUUCAAUUUACAGUAGCUAUUACAGUGAAAGAAUACCAUGCUAUUGUUUGAGGAGAGUGCACAGUUAUGACCUUGAACACGUAUUAAUAAAUCAAUUAGGCAGAUUUGGGCAGUCUUGAUACAACAUUUUGAACAUCAAUACAAUGGUUCAUUGGAUCAGUCUAAUACUUUGAACAUUCACUGCUGCCAUCUAGUGACUAAUAUCUAAAUUGCACCUGGGCUGGAACAAUACAUUAUGGCCUUUCUCUUGCAUUUCAAAAACAAUACAAAAAAUACAAAAAACACCAUGUUUUUUUCUUUGUGUUAACUUUUACCAGAUCUACUGUGUUAUAUUCCCCUACAUUCAUUUAACAUUUCCACAAACGUCAAAGUGUUUCCUUUCAAAUGGUAUCAAGAAUAUGCAAAUCCUUGCUUCAGGUUCUGAGCUACAGGCAGUUUUGGGUAUUUCAAUUUAGGCGAAAAUUGGGGGGGAAAUGGUUAGAUCCUUAAAUUAAUGAGAUUGGAGAACAAUUUAGGAGGGAUUUUGGAACAUUCCUCCAUACAGAAUAUUUCCAGAUCCUUGAUAUCCUUUGUCUGGGCUUAUGGACUGCCCUCUUCAAUUCAAACCACAGGUUUUCAAUGGGGUUCAAGUCCGACAGAUGGCCAUUGCAAAAUGUUGAUUUUGUGGUCAAUUAACCAAGACACAACAUAAUUGCCCCAUUUUUUGAGCAUACUAUAUAGCUCAGUAUUUAUAUUAUUUAUUUGAUUGUCUUUUAUGCUUAUCUUUAUCAAGGGUGCCAAUAAUUAUGGACCCCAUUGAGGUUCUGCUAUUUACAUUUUGGUCAUUCCCAUUGUCUCUUGAAUCUCUUGUUUUAUAAAGGAAUGAAUAUGUUCAAACAAAAGCCUUGGACGACCUGAUUGAAUGAUUUUUCUUAAGCAUGUACUGUAUAUUUCUCAUAUGGUCAUGCCUGCAGCCGCCUACGCUGUGAAUGGAUAUGAUAACGUUCUCUUUCAUGCUGGAUGGUAGUUCAUGAAUCGUGUCAGUGGGAUGGUGUUCUCCAUGAGCCAUUACUUCUUCAUCAGUCUAGUACCCUGGACAACAACAUGAACGACGUCAUACUGUACAGUGCCUCACCUUGCCUUACCAUGCUUAGCGUAUUGAAAAACAUUUAUGAGCCAACUACCUAGUUGGUUACUUGGGUAACAUAAUGAUGCUAACUGGCAGUCAAACUUGUAUUUUCAUUUUCUCACCUAUGGCAAUGAUUAUCUGUCAACAUUGUUAUUAAAGACAGAAUUUCUUCAAUGAUUGUCAAACCAGUCUGCCUCAGAAACCAGCUCAAAGGUUUAACCGUACGAAGUUAUUGAGAUUGAAAUGAGAGAGAGUUGAAUACUGUGCUAUUGCAGCAUGGAGAGCAGUCUAUCUAUGGUGUUUCAAGUGCAUUUUCCAAAGGAACACAUUUAUGUGACAUUGAGUAAGGUUUAUAUGUAUGUUCAAUUCUUUGUUCACUGUUAAUGUGCAAUCAGGGAUUUGCAUGUUAUUCGUUUAUUAUAGGUGUUAAACAUGCUAAUUUAUCAUUUUGAGAGGCAAGUUUCUACGAUAUCAGGUGGUCAAUUUAAUGAAGGGAUUUUAAUCUCUGUUUGUCUAGAAAUUAGUUUCACUCCAGGUUUGCAUUCAUGCAUUUAAAAUAAUUAUUAUGUACAGGUUGUCCUGAGACAUGAUUGUGUGAUGGAACACAAUUACUCUCAAAUUGAAUUAACUUCAACUUAAUGAAUUAUAUAUUUGUAAGCAGAGUUUACAUCAUCUUUCUCAUGACAGAAAACAUUGAUAUAUUAAUAGCCACAUGGGUUGCAGGUUUGAUUGCAGUGUACAGUGAAAAUCUUAGGCUUUGAGCUCCAACAUGCAGGACUAGUGAAAUAAAGUGAUGAAAAUGGUAAUAAAACAAUAGAAAUAGCACUAUAUGCAUAACAACAAAUGUCCAGAGUAAAGUCUGAGGGGGUG